AUGCAUCUCUCACGGACAAUCCUCUCGUCCGCGUUGGCGGCGCUGACCCUCUCAGUCACCAUCAACGCACAGUCUGACACGCCCGCGGAGCCCUACAAGCUACAGACGCCGCCCCUAGACACGGACUGGACGAGCCAGGUCGGAACGAGCCCGUGGCCGGAUCACCCGCGCCCACAGCUUCGCCGCGACAAGUGGCUCAACCUCAACGGAAUCUGGACCUACCAGGCCGCGGCCGGAGCCGCCGAUGUUAACCACCCGCCGUCGGGCAGCACUCUCGACCGGGAGGUGUUGAUCCCCUCAUGCAUUGAGAGCGCCAUCUCCGGUAUCCAGGAGCUCGACGUCACGCACAUGUGGUUUGCGACAAAGUUCAAUGUUCCCAACAACUGGGGCAACCAGUCUGUCCUGCUCAACUUCGAGGCCGUUGACUACGAGGCGACCGUGUUCAUCAAUGGCCAGAGGGCCGGCUUCCACCGUGGAGGAUACUUCCGCCACACGGUUGAUGCGACGCAGUACAUCAACCAAGGCGAAGAAAACACCUUGUUGGUGUUCGUCCAUGACCCGACGGACAUGGAUGGCUACGUUAUUCCGAUUGGCAAGCAGACUAGAACCCCGUCGCAUAUCUUUUACCGAGCCUGCUCCGGCAUUUGGCAGACUGUCUGGUUGGAGAGCGCGCCUGUCAACCACAUCACGAAGUUGGAUCUCGCUGCCGACCACAAUGGCAAUGUGACUGUUACUGUCCACAGCUCUUCCAGCUCAUCUUCUGAGGUUCAGAUUGCCGUUCUGGACAAGGAUGGAAACACCAUUGGAGAGGGAACAGGAGGUUCCGACGAGGAGUUCACUUUCCAGGUGUCUCAGCCAAAGGUCUGGUCGCCAUCGACCCCCAACUUGUACAACCUGACCGUCAGGCUGGGCGAGAGCGACGUGGUCCACAGCUACACUGGAUUCCGAACAAUUUCAACUGGUAUCGUCGAGGGUAUCAAGCGACCCCUUUUGAACGGCGAGUUCAUCUUCAUGUUCGGUACCCUCGACCAGGGAUACUGGCCUGAUGGACUCCACACGCCCCCUACCUACGAGGCCAUGGUCUAUGACCUGAAGGUGUUGAAGAACCUCGGCAUGAACAUGGUUCGCAAGCAUAUCAAGAUUGAGCCGGAUCUGUUCUACCGCGCCUGCGACGAGAUCGGCUUGCUCGUCAUCCAGGACAUGCCGAGCUUGACUGCCAACUCUGCGCGUCUGCCCAACGCUGAGCAGCAAGCCGAGUUUGAGCGCCAGCUGCAGCUUAUGAUUGAGGAGCACAAGAGCUACACCAGCAUUGUCACCUGGACCAUCUACAAUGAGGGCUGGGGCCAGCUUAGGAACGCUCCUCACCCCGAGGACAAGCUUACCGAAAUUGUUCGUGACAUUGACCCCACCAGACUGAUCAACGCCAACAGCGGUUGGUAUGACCACGGCUUCGGUGACUUCUCGGACAACCACCACUACGCCAACCCUCAAUGCGGAACUCCUUUCUACUCGUUGGCUUCGUCCCCAUACGAUAAGUCGCGCAUCGGUUUCCAGGGAGAGUUCGGUGGAAUCGGUCACAACGUUUCCAUUGAGCAUCUCUGGAACGUCCAACAGGCGAUCGACACCAUCAACGGCACGUACGAGAUCAACGAGAGUCUCGAGGCAUACAACUACCGCGCGCGCGUCCUCUUCCGGGAGUUCCGCGAGCAGGUCGAGAUGUUCGCCUGCAGCGGCGGCGUCUGGACCCAGACCAGCGACGUCGAGGGUGAAGUCAACGGCCUUGUCACCUACGACCGCCGCGUCCUCCGCCCCGACCUCGCGCAGUGGCAGGUGGAUAUCCAAGGCCUCUUCGACGCCGCCAACGCCCGCAAGGGCGCCGUCAACGGCACCAUGUAA